GUCUGGUAUCUGUCAAAUGUUUUGUGUGCGCUGUGUCAUCAUUCAUCUAGUUUUUUACUUUUCUUUUCUUUACUCAAGUUUAAUUUAGAGUUUUAGAAUAACAAUUUAAUUAUUAGAAGUUGAAUGAGGAACAAGUUUGUUUUACUUGGACUAUAGCUAUCUUUACAAAGGCGAUCGCUGUAGACGUUAUGUUUUCAGCAACUAUACAUCAGCAAUAGUUGUGAAGGACAACGAAGAAAGAGACGAAGAAACUGUCUACGCCACAGAUAUAUCUUUGAAGUGAUGUUAAGGAAAUGACUGAAAGCUCGAGCAUUUAUUCUGGGUGUUCUGGUGAAAAGUACAACAGAGCAUCUGAAUCAAGAAAUGGUUUAAAUGAGGCAAAGGAAAAGCACCUUCAUCUUCAGAGCACUGCUACCACAAUGUGUACUACUCCAGGUGAUGAUACCAAGGAUGACAAGAAGGUGUCUUGGGAGACAAUGCUACCUAGUAAUCGGACAACCACAAUAGAUGUUAGAACAUGGGGGAAAACUACCUCAAGAAGUAGACGAGCAUCUACACUGCGUCAUGCGAGCACUCCAACAGAAGAGGUUGAAUUGGGAAUGAUGCCCGAUCUUUCUCAGGGUAUUCCCAAUGAAGAAGAGAUGUGGCAAAAAAUGCAACAGAUUCGCUCUCUUCCCAUUACGAUGGCAGAAAAACGGAGACUAAAAGCUGAAUUAAAGGUAGCACAAAACCUCCGGGUUCAUGGUUUAGAAUUGAUUCGAUUCCGGCGACGACAAAUUUGGCAUAGAAUCCAUUCCUUUACAAUGCAAAUUUUUUCAUUUUUCUCUCCGUGGAAACAAACAAUUCGGUCUAUCGAAGCAAACUUUGGAACAGGUGUUGCGUCGUAUUUCCUCCUAAUUAGGUGGCAGUUGCUACUUAAUUUUCUUAUCACUUUAUUUACGGUGACUUUGAUCCUCGUUCCAUGGGAAGUUGGACAGGUUUCGUGUGAGAACUUGAAUCUCACUCUCGGACAGGCUUCGUGUGAGAACAAAAAUCGCACUGAUUUCCCUGAUGUCGACUUGCCUGUUCUAGAGGGCUGUAAUCGACCCAGCAACCGCUCUGCAUGCGAUGACAAUUGUGUGACUAAAACUGAUGAGUGCUUUCUUGACUACGGUUUUUCUGUCAUGUGUACUAUAGCGAACCAUUCUUCUGACCCUCUUCUGUUGAUUCAAGAUACAGUGCAAGGGACGGGGUGGUUGGAAUUUACCGUAGCUUUUUACGGAUACUACCAACCGGCAUUUCUUCCCUGGGGAGACGACAAAGUCUACAAUUUUGCGUUAGCAUAUCAACUUGUUGUCUACUUUGUCCUACUCUUCAGUUUGGUGUGCAUGGCAAAGUCAGUUGCUACUGGAUUCAAGGACAAUAUUGGUCUUGGUCGGUCGUGGCUUCAUCAGUUCUCUGAUUUAGCUUUUACAUCAUGGGAUUAUUGCAUUGACAGUGCCAAAGUUGCCCAAUUGAAGAAGAAAGCCAUCUUACAUGCUUUUCGUGUUGCGUUAGCAGAUAAAGAUUAUGCUAACGAAAAAGCAGGAAGAAACAUGCGCGAAAAAAUCAACCUUUUCUUCUUGAGGCUUGCAGUGAACAUUCUUGUUAUGGGAACAUUAAGUCUAGCUGCUUACAUAAUCUACUUGGUUACAACUUUCUCUGAGAUGUAUCGAAAUGAAAUUGAUCAAGGCAUUGGUUCUUUUAAGAACGUCGAAGAUUUCCGGAUUUUGAUGAUAGGAUUCCUCCCGUCAAUCGUUAUUACUGCGCUGAAUUUCCUGGUGCCGAUGCUUUUCAGAGCUUUUGUACGAUUCGAACGGUUCAGUGCCACUUUUGAAAUUAAGAUUACCCUAGCUCGGACCGUAUUGCUACGACUGGCCUCUCUUUUGGUACUUGUUCUGACCUUGUACAGCAGUUUACAAAAAUCUGGCUUGAAUUCCUCUUGUGACUCCGAUGGACUAAAACACGCACCGUGCUGGGAGACGUAUGUCGGCCAACAACUUUACAGGCUUUGCAUCUUCGAUGUUUUCGUCACUCUCUUCAUAACGCUGUUGAUUGAGCUUCCCUUGUCGUUGAUAUUUCGGCGUUCGGUGCUACCCACUAGUCGCUUGAAUUGUAUAGCUAACCCUGAGUUUAAUCUAGUCGGAAGCACCCUUGAUAUGGUUUACAGUCAGUCAAUCUGCUGGCUGGGGAUGUUUUACUGCCCCGUCUUGCCAAUAAUUACCACUGUUAAGUGUGUCAUUGUUUUCUACGUCAAAUAUUUCAGUCUACUUGUUUAUUCAUGUCCACCUUCCCGCGUUUAUGGUGCAUCGAGCUCCACUUCUCUUUUUAUGAAUGUACUGUUGGUAUCUUUCAUUUCGUGCGUUUUACCACUAGGCUAUCACGUCACUUCAUUGCGACCUUCAGUCUCUUGUGGACCAUUCCGAGGUUUUGAUACCGUUUGGUCGGCCAUAUCCAGUGAGGUGGAAACGUUGUCAGAUACAUUGAAAAAUAUUCUUUUCUUUUUUGGAUCCGCCGGAUUCUUCGUACCCGCUAUUUUGAUUUUACUGGUCGCUCUCUAUUAUUAUCGCUCUAAAGCUGUGGCGAAUCGUGCUGUGGUAGAAUCACUCACGUCACAACUGAUCCUCGAAGCGGAAGAUAAACAAUUUUUGAUUACUAGGUUAACCGCUGUUGGUAAACAGCAAUUGCACGUUUGAAUACUUUAUUGUACACCCCUCCAAUUAUUAUACCCAGAUAUGCUUGAUCGUUAACGUUUUUUCCCUCGUAAUUUACAGAACGCUAAAGCCAAAGUUGUAAUGUACCUACUCCAGCUCAAAUUUAGUUAAAUGUAUUUCAUCGCCGUCGAAAGAAUCAAAUUAAAAAAAUAAAAAACGGAAACCCUGAAAA